UUUCCCAAACUUGAAACAAAGAAAAGCUCCCUCUGUCUCUAAUGGCAUUGGUCUUCUCUUCCUGUAGGUUUGUGAAAGCCAACCAAUGGGAGAGAAAAGAUCUUCAGCACCACCAGCAGAAGCAGCACAACCACCUCCGCCGCCGCCACCACCAAUGUCCCUCUCCCUCGUCCGACCCUCCCAAAAAAAACGCCUCAAACCCAAAGUCAUCCGCGUCUUCCGCUCCGUCUUCCGCUCCCUACCGAUCAUAACUCCCUCCUGCAAGUUCCCCUCCCUCCCCCAGGAGAACAACAACCACCUCCACAAAACCGUCAACAACGGCAUCAAAGUCACCGGCACCCUCUUCGGCCGUCGCAAGGGCCGCGUCAGCCUCGCCGUCCAGGAAAACCCCCGCUGCCUCCCCUCCCUCGUCGUGGAGCUCUCCAUACACACCCACACCUUGCAGAAGGACUUGGCCAACGGCAUGGUCAGGGUGGCACUGGAGUGCGAGAAGCGUUCGGAGAAGGACAAGACCAGGAUCUCGGAGGAACCCUUGUGGACAAUGUACUGCAACGGGAAGAAGAAUGGGUACGGCGUGCGGAGGGAGGCGACGGAGGAGGACCUGUACGUGAUGGAGCUUCUGAAGGCCGCGUCCAUGGGCGCCGGCGUUCUUCCGUUGAGAUCGGAGGCUGAGGAGGGCGGCGACGGAGGAGAUUUGGCGUACAUGCGAGCACCCUUCGAGCACGUAGUGGGAUCCAAAGAUUCCGAGACUCUCUAUAUGAUGAGCCCGGACUCGCAGGGGAAUAGUGGACCCGAUCUUACUAUAUUUUUUGUCAGGGUUUAAUUCAAAAUCGGAUUAAUGAUGUACAGUGAGUUUGAUCAGAGGGUUCAUUUGUAUCUCUGGGUGAAUUAGGGUUCAUGCCAUCAAGGCUUAGGGUACGUAGUAAUCCAGGUUGUUGUGUCUACUCAUGUUAUAUCUAUGUAUACUUUCUCUCCCUUUUCUCCCAACCUUUUCUAUUAGGUCCUGCAUCAUUAGCGUUUAGGUUUUCUGGUUAGCUUUCAUAGACAUAUAUAUAUAAAUGAUGGAAGAAGGCUUUUUGCUUAUGUGCUCAUCAAAAUUCACAAGCUCCCUUUCAUUUAUCAUACCAGGUGAAGUUCACCAAAAUCACCUUACACUUCUGCAUGCCAAAAAUGGAAGAGCAAGGUUCCAAAACGAUGUCGUCUGGUCAAGCUACGUCAGGAAAUAACAUUUUUUUUUUAGUUUUUUUUCACUGUGCAGUUCUACUCCUAUUGUCUCUUUUAGUUUGAGCUGUAAUUGUGUGAUUUGAAGAGAG